AUGCAUUUGCAUGCCAACUCAGACCUAUUUGUCAAUGCGUCAGUGCCACAGCAACUACAUGCACCUGCGCCUCAUGAACAGUCAUUGGGUAGACCAGCGUAUGCGUUGCAUCAACCAUCGCCACAUACUCCGACCGCAGAGCCGCAUCAACUAAAUGUUUCAGCAACCGCGUUGCAUCAGUCAUCGUUUCGUAUACCAGCAAGUGUGUCGCAUCAGCCGUCGACGCAUGCAUUUGUGCCGCAGCACCCUCAUGCGUUUGCACCACUUCAACCAACACCGUCUGCGCCUUAUGGCAUCGAAUCGGCCGCAUUAUACGCCGCCAAAUUAUAUCCACUACCAGAGUUUGAUGGCAAUCCCGAGGAUUGGCCUCUCUUUUUUGCCAGUUACGUUGACACAACGCGAGAAUUUAACUACAGCGAUCGCCAAAACCUUAUGCGUUUACAGAAGGCUUUGAAGGGCGAUGCUAAACGGUCAGUAACAUCGCUUCUUAUAUUUCCUGAAAACGUUGGGGAUAUAAUAAGCGAACUAAGAUUCAAUUUCGGGCGCCCAGAGCUGCUGAUUCGUUCACAGCUGCAUAAGGUGGAACAAUUUCCAAGCAUAGCGGAGAACCAUCUCGAAAAAGUCUUGGCGCUCUCCAGUGAGGUGCGUAAUAUAACAGCAUUUUUUAAAUCAGCCAAGUGUGAGCAGCACCUGGUAAAUCCGACUUUGCUGGAUCAGCUUAUUUCCAAGCUACCGCCCUCGAAACAGUUCGAGUGGAGUAAGCACGCAUCUACGGUGUCACCAUUUGCAACCGUAGAGACUUUCGCCGAAUGGAUUGGUAAUUUAGCCAAAAUCAUCGCCAUUAUGCCAAAAAUACCUGACAGGAGUACAAUGUCAACAUCAUCCAGAGUUAUACACAGAGAAGGUCACAGGGUUGCCAAUUCCCGCCGUUUUUUACACAGUAGCGAUGGUAACUCAAGUCAACAGCAGAAGCCGAUAUGUGUGUCAUGUAACCAGUCGCACACACUGGAAGACUGCCACCAUUUCAAGUCACGCAAUGUGGACAAUCGAUGGGCGCUUGUGAAACGUCAACGUCUCUGCUUCGCAUGCCUGCAAGGGGGACAUAAUUUACAAAGCUGCCGUAAGAAGAAGGCGUGUAAUAUAGAAGGUUGCCAACGAGUACAUCACCGAUUACUGCAUGCACCAUUGAACAUGCCUACAUCCACAUCAGCUGCCGCAAAUAAUACGGAAGUCGUCUUAAGUUGCCAAGAUGAGUGCCGUUCCAUAUUAUUUAAAAUUAUACCCGUUAUACUGCGCGGACCGAAAGGCCACUUGCAAACACAUGCCAUGUUCGACGAAGGUUCUUCGAUCUCACUAUUGGAGGAAGACGUCGCGAACCAGCUGGGGUUGAAUGGCCAGUCGUCAUUACUUACGCUACAAUGGUACGGCGAGAACGCAGCAACCGAGAGAUCUCGCAUGGUAUCGCUGGAAGUACAGGCGAGUCAUGGUGGCAUUGUAUUUCCCCUGAAGAACGUUCGGACAGUUAAAAGUCUAAACCUGCCAGAGCAAUCGUUUGAAAAACAUCGCUAUUUUCGUAAUUUACCUGUCGCCAGUUACAGCGCUGCGAAGCCAACGUUACUCUUGGGUUUGGACAACAGCUUCCUCGGUAUUGCCAAACAAUCAAUUACCAGCGGGCCGAAUCAGUUAAUUGCUGCAAAAACAAAACUGGGUUGGUUGGCGUAUGGCCCAAUCGACAAACUGGAAACCAGCAGACCGAGGGUGUUUAUGAUAAAAGAACCACCCCUAUCGAAGAAAACGUGCGCUAUGGUCGAAGAGUACUUAACACAAGAAAACCUGGGUGUGAAAGCUGCAAUUACCGAAGGUGACGAGGACAUUCGGGCAAAGGCCAUUCUAAAAUCGACCACGGUAAAGAUUGGUGACAGAUACGAGAUCGGUUUGUUGUGGAAACGAGAUGACUUUAGAUUUCCCCCGAGCUACGACAUGGCCAAGAGACGUUUACAUUCCAUAGAAAACAAGAUGAAGAAAAAUACAAUAUUUGCUGAAAACUACAUUAAAGGGAUGACGAGUUACAUAGAGAAGGGCUAUGCAAAAGAGCUAUCCGCAGCCGAAGUCGAUAACAACUCCGCAAGAACUUGGUAUCUCCCUCAUUUUGGCGUAAUGAAUCCACACAAACCGGGGAAACUCCGUAUUGUUUUUGACGCGGCUGCAGUGUCGUCCUAUACGUCGCUCAACUCGGAGUUGCUCAAGGGUCCAGACCAGGCACAGUCGCUCUUUGCCAUUCUGCAUCGAUUUCGUGAAGGAGCCGUAGCUGUUGCGGGAGAUAUCGAAGAAAUGUUCUCACGAGUCAAAAUUAGAGCAGCCGAUCAGCACGCACAGAGGUUCCUAUGGAGGAACGGCAAAGACUCCGAACAAAUACGUGUUUUUGUGAUGACUUCGAUGAUUUUUGGUGCAGCUUGCUCUCCGUGUUGUGCUGAGCACGUAAAAAAUAUAAAUGCAUUGCAGUUUGCGUCAACGAUGCCAAAGGGAGUAGAUGCGGUCAUGAGAAAUACUUACGUGGAUGACUUGGUGAUAAGUUUCCAUUCAGAGAAGGAAGCCGAAACCGUCGCCCAAGAGGCAAUCCUCAUAAACGCAGCCGGUGGGUUUAAGUUGAGGAAUUUCGUCUCCAAUAGUAAAGACCUGCAAAAACGUCUGAAUGGUAACGAUAACCCAAAUGCCGCUAUCAUAAGCAUGGAGAAGCAAGCAAACGUGGACAAAAUAUUGGGCAUGUACUGGAACUCAGAUAAAGACAGGUGUGAGUUUCAUUUUAAGUUUUGCAGAAUUGCGCCAGAAAUACUUCAGUGUAUACGCCCACCUACAAAGCGAGAAUUACUCGCGAUCGUAAUGUCGAUCUACGAUCCAUUUGGGUUUCUCGCCUGCAUAACAAUUGCCGGAAAACUGUUGAUACAAGCCAUGUGGAAGCAGAAGAUCCAGUGGGACGAGCACUUGCCUAAUCACCUCAGCAACUCAUGGUCAACAUGGUGGUCCAAUUUUAAAACCAUCAAAACUCUUUCGAUACCACGAUGUUAUGGAAAGCUGUUACCGAUCGCCCAGGAAGUACAACUCCACAUUUUCGUAGACGCAAGCUCCACAGCGUAUGCCGCCGUGGCCUAUCUGCGAAUGCGACAAGGAAAUAAAGUGCACGUUGCAUUCAUCUGCGCCAAAUCUCGCUGUGCUCCUGUAAAAGGAAUGACGAUUCCACGCCUAGAACUCCAGGCCGCUAUCCUGGGGUGUCGCCUCAAAACAUUCAUAGAGCAGAGCCAGAACUUCCGCAUCCACCGUCUUAUAUUCUGGAGCGACUCCCAAACGGUGAUAAUGUGGAUACGUUCAAGCGAGCGUAAAUACAAACCUUUCGUUGAGCACCGAAUCGCCGAAAUUUUGACAACAACGACCAGUGACAUGUGGCGCUGGUUACCAUCACACGCCAAUGUAGCAGACGAUGCAACACGGGCAACGCUUACAAAAUGCUCUUCACAUCGAUGGUUCGCGGGGCCUGAGUUUCUGCAGCUUGGUGAAAGGGAAUGGCCAGACGAACCAGCCCAACUUUAUUCACCAGAUUACGGAUCGGAAGAAACGCCAGUUCGAAUUUUGCUGUCAACUGUAACAGGUGAUUUAUUCAAAUUCACUAAUUAUUCCUCAUUUUUAAAGAUCACCAGAAUCGUGGCUUGGACAUUGCGCUUUAUCAGUAACGUUCGCAGUCACAGUCGCCAAGUAGGGGAGCUAACACCUGCCGAAGUAAGAGGAGCUGAAAAGUAUAUUUGCCGCCGCAUCCAGCACGAAUGUUUUCCGUCCGAAGCGUCAGUAUUGAGGGCGAACCAACCACUGCCGAAAAGUAGCUGCCUCCACAAACUUACACCAUUUAUUGAUGAGGACGACCUCAUAAGAGUCAGCGGACGAAUUGAUGCUGCCUACUGUCUACCGUUGUCAGCCAGACGCCCCAUUAUACUGCCACAAAAGCACCACGUAACACGCCUUAUCAUGCAACAGUUCCACGCAAGAAGACACCAUCAAAACGAUCACCUAGUCAUCAAUGAAAUGCGCCAGAAGUAUUGGGUGCCAUCCGCGCGAAAAUUAUUACAAUCAAUCAAACGAGCUUGUCCAAUAUGCAUCCACUGGACUGCUAAACCCGCUGUGCCGCUGAUGGGACAACUACCGACGGAUCGCUUGACUCCCUUUGUGCGUCCGUUUUCGUAUGCUGGCGUGGAUUACUGCGGACCAUUUUUGGUUACUAUUGGCCGUAGAACGGAGAAACGUUGGGUGGCCUUAUUUACCUGCAUGACGACAAGAGCUAUCCAUCUAGAGGUAGCAGAAGACCUCUCCACAGAUUCAUUCGUCAUCUGCCUACGGAACUUCAUCAACCGUCGCGGGGUCCCUGUGCGGAUAAGAAGCGACAACGGCACCAAUUUUGUGGGUGCACAGCGGGAGAUGAGGUCCGAAGACAAAUUGUUUGACUUUGAGCGCAUCGACCAAGAGAUGACUAAACAUAACAUUGAAUGGCGAUUCAAUUGUCCAGCCAAUCCCAAUGCCGGUGGUUGCUGGGAACGCUUAAUACAAUGCGUUAAGAAACUUUUGCAACGAGUGUUGAAGGAAGAAGCUCCUCGAGUGGAAACACUUCGAAGUGCCCUAAUAGAAGCAGAAAAUAUUGUGAACAGCCGACCCCUAACUGAAAUACCGGUCAGCCCACAUGACGAAGAACCACUCACUCCAAACCACUUUUUAAUUGGAUGUACGAACUCAACGCAAACACCCAGCUUGGAUGAGAGGCACAUCUGUCCACGAAAGCAAUGGAAGAUUGCCCAAAAUCUCAAAGACCGGAUUUGGAAGCGAUGGAUGGUGGAGUAUUUGCCACAGCUGCUGUGUCGUCCCAAAUGGACCGAGGAAACCGAUCCCCUCCAGCUGGACCAGCUCGUAAUAGUAUGUGACCCCGCAUUGCCUAGAAGCCGCUGGGAGAUGGGAAGGGUGGUGGAAGUGUUCCCUGGAAGAGAUAGCCGAAUUCGAAGCGCAGCGAUACAGACAUCUCAUGGAGUUAUUCGGCGUCCAGUCAGCAAGCUAGCCGCUUUAAAGUAUCGUGAAUCCACAGAGGAUCCACCGGUCGGUGGGAUGUCGCAAUUAACACCCUAA